AUGAACAAAGGUGGUCUGCAAGUUUUUCAGGGAUGUGGUGCAUCAGUGCUAUUAGACGACACGCCGAGUUUCGUUGGUGAAAAAACUGCAACACCAAACUUGAAUUCUCUAAGAGGGUUUGAAGUGAUUGAUGGGAUAAAAUCUGAUCUCGAAUCUAUUUGUCCUCCUAAGACGGUCUCUUGUGCUGAUAUACUUGCUACUGUAGCCAGGGACUCGGUUACUCUGGUAUGUGAUGUCAGCAAUUUCCACUCUCCUCCUGAGGAAUGUGAACUUGCUGUGUGUCAGGUGGGCCAGGUUGGGAAGUCCAGAUGGGAAGGAGGGAGGGACAGCUUGACUGCUAGCAUAACAGCAGCAAACAAAGACAUUCCGGAACCUAAUUCUAGCAUGGCCACACUAGUGACCAAGUUCCAAAAUGUUGACCUCACACUUAAUGACAUGGUCACACUCUCAGGGGCACACACGAUGGGAAAAGCUCGUUGCUCGACAUUCAGCUCUAGGCUGAAUGUUAAUAGCAACUCAAAUAACCCAGAUAUAAACACCGACUUCCUGCAGUCACUCCAGCAGUUAUGCUCAGAAUCAAACAGCGACACAACACUAGCACAUCUUGAUCUUGUGACCCCAUCAACAUUUGAUAACCAGUACUAUGUUAACCUAAUUUCUGGGGAGGGAUUGUUCGCCUCCGACCAGAUCCUUGUCACUGGAGAUGAUUAG